AUGGAGAGAGUGAACAAAAUGGUGGCAGAAAAACCAGUGGUGAUCUUCAGCAAGAGUUCAUGCUGCAUGAGCCAUACGAUCAAAUCCCUCUUUUGUGAUUUUGGUGUUAAUCCUGUAGUGUAUGAACUCGAUGAAAUUCCAAGAGGUGGAGAGAUUGAGCAGGCUCUGUUAAGACUCGGUUGCAACCCCUCUGUCCCAGCGGUGUUCAUUGACGGUGAAUUUGUGGGUGGAGCCAAUGAGAUUAUGAGUCUCCACCUCCGACGAUCCUUAAAGCCAAUGCUUAAAAGUGCUCCACGGAAUACCCAAAUUUUGGGAUGUUUUUAUAUCUAA